UCUAGUUUCUCCUUGUGAAGGUCAGUUUUCUGUACCACCGUGUACAUUCCGACGAUAGCAAGUGGAUAAAAGGGUAGCAGGAAAAGUACAGUAAUAAAAAGAUUAUUUGGAGUCUUUAUUAAUAAUUAGACGUCUUCUACACUUAACCAAAAUGCCGAUCAAGUCAAUCAAGGCCCGUCAAAUCUUCGAUUCUCGCGGUAAUCCCACCGUCGAGGUCGACUUGGUCACCGAGCUCGGUCUCUUCCGUGCAGCCGUGCCGUCUGGAGCCUCCACCGGUGUUCAUGAGGCGCUGGAGCUGCGUGACAACAUCAAGGGCGAAUAUCAUGGCAAAGGUGUGCUCACCGCAAUCAAGAACAUCAAUGAGAUUAUCGCCCCUGAGCUACUAAAAGCCAACAUUGAAGUCACUGAGCAGAAGCAGAUUGAUCAGCUCAUGCUUGGUCUGGAUGGCACUGAGAACAAGUCCAAGUUUGGUGCUAACGCCAUCCUCGGCGUGUCCUUGGCUGUAGCCAAGGCUGGCGCUGCCAAGAAAGGCGUGCCGUUGUAUAAGCACUUGGCCGACUUGGCUGGUAACAAUAACAUCGUUCUGCCUGUUCCUGCCUUCAACGUCAUCAACGGUGGCUCUCACGCCGGUAACAAGCUCGCCAUGCAAGAGUUCAUGAUCUUGCCCACAGGAGCAUCAUCGUUCAGUGAAGCCAUGCGCAUGGGCACUGAAGUAUACCAUCACCUGAAAAAGAUCAUCAAGGACAAGUUCGGUCUGGACUCGACAGCAGUUGGUGAUGAGGGUGGCUUUGCCCCUAACAUCCUCAACAACAAGGAUGCCCUCUUCCUCAUUCAGGACGCUAUCCAGCAGGCUGGAUACACUGGCAAGAUUGAAAUUGGCAUGGAUGUUGCUGCGUCAGAGUUCUACAAGAACGGCACUUAUGACUUGGACUUCAAGAACCCCAACUCCAACCCGGCCGACUACUUGCCGUCCGACAAGCUGGCUGACCUCUACCUGGAGUUCAUCAAGGACUUCCCCAUGGUCUCCAUUGAAGAUCCCUUCGACCAGGACGACUGGGCAGCAUGGGCCAAUCUUACGUCCCGUACUCCUAUUCAGAUUGUCGGCGACGAUCUUACCGUGACAAACCCCAAGCGCAUCCAGACCGCGGUGGAAAAGAAGGCUUGCAACUGCUUGCUGCUGAAGGUGAACCAGAUUGGCAGUGUCACAGAGUCAAUUGCUGCACACUUGCUCGCUAAGCAGAACGGAUGGGGAACCAUGGUCUCCCACAGGUCUGGUGAGACUGAGGACACCUUCAUAGCUGACUUGGUAGUGGGUCUCUCCACUGGACAAAUCAAGACUGGCGCGCCUUGCCGCUCGGAGCGUCUCGCCAAAUACAACCAAAUCCUCCGCAUCGAGGAAGAGCUCGGCGCCAACGCCAAAUACGCCGGCAAGAACUUCCGCAACCCCGUCUAAGCAAUUCUUACAUUAGAGCAUAUUUCCACAUCUCUUUCUUUAGAGCAGUUGCUAGCUUGAGAUAACGAAAUAUGCUCCAUAAUUGAUGUUUUGCUACCGGCUAUCGCAUUUAAUUGAUAGUACGGAAAAUACAUAAUAUGUUAAGACAUGACAUGAUUGACGUAGCAAGUAUUCCAGCACAACAUCUACUAAAUAUAUUAUUUUGUAAGUUCAAGUCUGUAGUGUAUUGUAAUUGUAUGUGUCGAAUGUAUGAAAUUAUUAUUUAUUUACUAAUAAGAUUUUACUGUAAGUAAAAUUGUACCAGUUGAAAUUAAUGUUCAAACGUGUAAUGUUCAAUCAAUAAAAAUUGCAAUCAAU